AUGGAGGUGUCAUUAUCGAGCACAUUCAGUGUCCCAAGACAGCUAAUGGUUACAUACGCACGCAAAUAUGUUCUUUCUGUGUUGUCUUCUGGGAUACGACACGGUACACUGGUAAUUUUAGAAUCUUCAAAAACGUAUGAGUUUGGCCAGGGCGACAGGGGAAAAUCUACACCUACUAUUGUUGUCGUGAGCGACUCGUUUUGGUUACGCUUGUUUCUGAGGAACGAUUUAGGCUUCUCCGAGUCGUAUAUGUUGGGCGAGAUAGAGGUCGAGCAUCUAAGGCCUAUCCAUGAUCUCUGGCUUGACAAUAUGACACAGCUGGAAGGACUCUCUACAUAUGCCCACAUAUUCUACUCUACGUUGACCAAGUGGACAAGCUACAUACUAGGCCAAUCCAUUUCUCAGGCGAAGCUGAACGCGGUGGCUGGAUACGACGAAUCGAACACGCUGUUCAAACUCGCUAAUUACACACCGGAGGCAUUCCUGAGCGAAGACAUGAUGUACUCGUCCGCUCUGUUUAGCGACGAAGAAGGGGGUGUCUAUGGAGAUAUGGAGCUUAGGAAAUGCGGCAGUCGCGACCUUGAAAACGCAGAGAUGAGGAAAAUCCAUCACUUUUUGCGACGCGCUCGGAUCCGAAAGGGCGAUCGUAUCCUGGAAUUUGGUUCUGGGUGGUGUUCAACAGCCAUUGAGGCCGCUCGCACAUAUGGGUGCACAGUGGAUACAUUGACACUUUCGGUGGCUCAGAAAGCAUUCGGCGAGGAGCGCAUCCGGGAGGCGGGACUGAGCUCGUUAAUCACAGUACACCUGCUUGAUUAUCGCAGUCUUCCCGCAUCGUUUGAGAAAGCAUUCGAUGCUUUCAUUAGUAUUGAGAUGCUUGAGCACGUUGGGCCACGAUACUACGAAGAGUACUUUCGUAUCGUCAACUGGGCACUCAAAGUAGAUCGGGCAAUCGCUGUGAUAUCUUCCUCUACCAUGCCGGAGAGCCGAUACGAUAAAUACCAAGCUCCUGAUUUUGCGCGCCAGUAUCUGUGGCCAAAUGGCACGCUGCCUAGCGUGACAGCACUCAUCACUGCGGCGCAGGUCGGUUCUUCCAGUCAGCUCAACCUAGACACAAUUGAAAACCACGGGGAACACUACGCUAGGACGUUACGGGAGUGGGAACAACGUUUUCGUGCGAACGUGGAUCGGUCAGUUAUGAAUGCCGUGGCGCAAGAACGACCGGAUUUGGCCGAGGCUUCGCGGCUCGAGUCCUUCAGGAAGAAAUGGUUAUAUCUCUUUUCUUACGCUGCGGCCGGCUACGAAAGAGGAUACGUCACUUGUCAUAUGUUGACAUUUACAAGAAUAGGGGGAUCUGUCUCUGGGUAG